UUUUAUUGACGUUUAAUUUUCUGCGGCUGCGCGCGGCAGAAUGUUGUUGCCGUUGGUGAUUUGUAAAGAAAGAAGAAUUUGAGAAAAUAUAAAAAGAGUACUGUAGGGGGAGUUACACAUUUUGGCUCCUCAACCGAAACAAAUUUUAGUAGGUUAAAAGCUAACCUACGCGCGUAGUUAUAGUUUGAGUUUCGGAGUGGAGGGGAAGCUAGCGUUAGCUAGCUAGUCAACCUCACCCUUAUGUGAUCGUCCGUCGCCGGCCACUGCUACACUCAGAGCAAGACAACAAAAUAGCUAAUCGCCAUUAUAUGACCAAGUACUUAGCGUCAUUAUUGGCCUUCAUGUGGGUGAGGGAUUUGUGUGUGUCAGAUUAUGGCGAGAAAAACAGUUAGCAGGAAAAGGAAGGCAGGGGAGUCCAAGGACCAACAACAACAGGUGGCCUGGUGCCAGUCGGCGAGCAAGCGAACGCGUGUGUCCUCAUCCCGGCACGCUCAGCAGUGGUGGCGUAGUCAGUGCUCAGUGGUGUGUGCAAUCCGGGGCCGCGAGUUUCGGCCGCAGCAGCAGCAUGAGUGGCGGCUCCAGCGUAGCCUGCGGGGCUUUGCCGCCGGCCGCCUCCCGGGCAUCCUUAAGGAGCGGGAGUUCUCCCUUGGCCGCCUCAACAAGGUGUUCGCCUCCCAGUGGCUCAACCACCGCCAGGUGGUGUGUGGAACCAAGUGCAAUACGCUAUUUGUGGCAGAUGUUCUGACAGGGCAGAUCACUCGCAUCCCCAUGCUGAAGGACCGACAGGGCGGAAGAGGGGGGGUCGGGGGGACAAUAGGAGCCCCCUUCCUCUCCGGUAGUGGCUCAGUGUCUGGGCUGGACCAGCAAGGCUGUGGGAUCCACGCCAUCGAGCUUAACCCCUCCGGCACUCUGUUGGCCACCGGCGGAGACAACCCUAACAGCCUGGCCGUCUACCGGCUGCCCACCCUGGACCCCGUCUGCGUGGGGGACGAUGGCCAUAACGAUUGGAUCUUCUCAAUUGCGUGGAUCAGCGACAGCAUGGCUGUGUCUGGGUCCCGGGACGGUUCAAUGGGCCUGUGGGAGGUGUCUGAGGAGGUUCUGAGCCACUCCAUGAGACAGCAGGACGAAGAGGGGGUCCCCUGCUACUCCCACAUCUCCCACCGUGCCCUGGAGGACAUCCCCAAGGAAUACACCAACCCCUACAACUGCAAAGUGCGCGCCCUGGCCUUCAACAACAACCACAAGGAGCUUGGUGCAGUGUCCCUGGAUGGCUAUUUCCACCUUUGGAAGGCAGAGCAAAACUUGAGCAAGCUGCUGUCCACGAAGUUACCUCACUGCAAGGAGAACGUGUGUCUGGCAUACGGUCAGGACUGGUCGGUGUAUGCGGUGGGCUCUCAGGCCCAUGUGUCCUUCCUAGACCCCCGACAGCCCACUCACAACAUCAAAUCAGUCAGCUCCCGGGAGAGGGGAAGUGAGGCAACACGAGGCAUCCGCUCGGUGAGUUUCUAUGAGCACAUAGUGACUGUGGGCACAGGCCAGGGCUCUCUACUGUUCUAUGACAUCAGAGCCCAGAGGUUCCUGGAGGACCCUUCCAGCCUGGCCGGCGGGUUCCGGCAGCGCCCAGGAGAGGGCAUCCUCAAACUCACCACAGGGAAGGGCUGGCUGAAUCACGAUGAGACGUGGAGGAGCUACUUCUCGGACAUCAACUCGUUCCCCAACGCCGUGUACACACACUGCUACGACGACUCCGGCACCAAGCUGUUUGUGGCCGGCGGACCGCUGUGCUCGGGCCUUCACGGCAACUACGCAGCCCUCUGGAGCUAGCCUUCACUUCUCCUCCUCCUCUGUCUUGCCAUCUCUCCUUAACCCACUACCCAGCCCCCCUCUCUCCUCUUCCUUUGUCCCUCCAGUCUUGUCCCUCCCUCGUGGACUCAGGAGCAUGAUCUUGACCCCCCCCCUUUUCUUAUCACGGCUUCCAUAUUGCCACUGUGUAUCUCAUCAACACCUCGUUGCAUCCCUCCAUCCUCCCUUGCACUUUGCCCUGUUUUCUUUCAGUUCUUUAGUCUCUGCUCCCCCUUUUUUUAUAUAGAUGAUUAACCAGUGAUGUAACGAGCUGGGAGGUCCGCCUCUGAGAAACUAAAAUGAAAGUAUAAGGUUUUAUUACAAUUUUCAACAGGUUUUGUAUGGUGAUUUAUUUUGUCUGUUUUUUGGGAGUAUGUCAUACUGGCAUAGACCGUUUCCUUGUGCGGACAUUUGCGACACUCCUUACUGUUCCCCUUCUCUUUCUCUCUCCGAAACUGACGGCAAUAUAAAAUAUUGAGGAUGGGGGAAUAUGAAAGAGACAAUUAAGUUCUGAAGGAAGGAACAGGAGUAUAGUUUGACUUUUCUAAGAAACUGAGAAAGGACAUGCUCGUUGGUUGGUAGCGGACCACCCUGUGCCAUGGCAGCCAAUAAGAGCCGUAGCGAUGAAAAACAAGGUGAGAAGAAGCAGAGGAUGAGUGCAACCAAUCAGACAGCGGCAGCCACUUGUUCUUUUUUUUCUUCCUGACUGAUGAUGUAAAGGAGUGAUGACUGUAGAUGCUAAAUUCCAUAGGUAUUCUGCAAUGAAUAAUAAUCCUGAAGAAUGUUUAUUUUAUUUUGAUUCUGACUGUGUGAUUUGACAUAAACGUACACCUGUUGAUAUUACUACUAUCUUUAUUAUAAUUUAUUUUCCUCCUCUCACUAUCACCCUUAGUUAAGGUUUACGGCAGGGGCGUUCAACGCCGGGCCCUUGCAGAACGCAGUGUCUGCUGGUUCUCUUUCUUCCCAGUUACUGGUCCAUUCAUGUCAGUGGUUGUGUAUAUCACAAAGCACGAUCAAUAAGUCAGCCAGCUAACUUGGUUAAACAUUCAUACAUGGCUGUUGAUGUUGUGGAUUAUCCCUUACUUAGACCAUUUCAAAUUCAACACCAUCUUGCUUUUUGAACUAGGAAAUAUGAGGUUGUUUGAGAACAUUUUAGAAACAUUAGCUUGCUAACUAUUUGAUCCUGCUUAGUGACACAGCCCCGUGGUUUCCAUGGUCUAAACCAGUUGCUGAUUUAAAAACAAGGAUGAAACCCUGCAGACAGUGCUGACCUUAAGUCCCUGAAUCCCAAAUCAGCCCCUUGCUCGUUCCUCCUAGGCACUUGUGUAGAUUUGAGAGGAUUUAAUAGGUGUAAGCAAUAUGGUGACAGCUCCAUCAAUGCCCUCUGAUAGGCCAGAUGGUGGUGUUGCCAUUUUGCCAAGACAUUCCCAAUACUAACAGAUAUGAGGUGUAUUCACUAGAAGCCAACAGAAUGAAGCAGGGAGGGACUUACCUGAAUUAGUCAAAUAGAAACUCUUGUUUUUGGAGUAAACAGUUUCCAUUGCAAAACGGUUUGCUAUGGUCUUGGUCUGAACGAAUACAUCCCUGGACAAGUGCGUAGAAUGUAGGGGCAAGGGGUUGGAGUUGAAUACCUCUGGAGGCACCAUAGUUUUUGUCACUGUUGGUUCUAAUACUCUUUUUUUCCCUCUCUCUUUUUCUAUCAAGGGGUGAGUGUAGCUGCUCUUUUCCUUGUGUGCUAAGGCAGGGUAGAUUUGAGUGACUUUGUUGCCUUUCUAUAGUCUUUCUGUGAAAGACUGUUGUAGGCUGACAUUGUUUUGCUUGUUGGAACUUUGAGUGUUUUCAUGAUAAUGCGAGAACAAAAUAAAGAGACCCCAAUUAUGACCAUAAGUUGAACAAAUAACCAUCACUUUUAAAGUGUAUUUUAUAUAUAAAUGUGUGUAUGAAAUGCAUAGGGAUAAAUGCAUACAUUUUUAUGUAUAUGUUCCAGGAAGUGUGUGGACUAACCCUUGUCUUUCCUUUGGUGACCUAUUUUGUAACUUUACACACCUCAUGAAUGUUUUAAAAAAUUACUGAACCUGGGGAUAUUGUAUGAUGUCAACAACAGCCGAAACCAACCUAUAAAUCUUUAAAAUGAAAAUAAUGAUGAAAAUAAAGUAUAUGUAAUAUUUCUCUUAUUUCA